AUGACUGUUAGAGAAUCUGACAUACACAAAGUUCGACGCAUUCUGUGCCCGGUGGACGGAAGUGAAUCGAGUCGACGAGUAGUGGCUUGGUAUCUGAAUAAAUUUUCUCGCAAAACUGAUGUGCUCCUCUGUCUGUACAUCACAGAGCCUCAUUUUUCUCGUCACAUCAUAGAUGAUGAUUUUACGGAGAUGGUCAGUGAGUUGAAAAACAGAAUACACGAAUCGGAAAAGACCGGACGAGAGAUUGGCAAACAGUACAUGGACCGGUUACGCGAGCACGGAAUUGACGGCCGAUUUCUUUUGCGCACAGGGACCAAACCAGGUGAAUUGAUUGUAUCCGCCGCCGAGGAUCAAUGUGUCGAUAUGAUCCUGAUUGGGAAUCGUGGUAUCAGUGCGUUGCGACGCACAUUUUUGGGCAGUGUGAGUGAUUACGUAUUGCAUCAUUCCAAUGUCCCGGUGGUUUUGGUCCCACCACCGGAUCCGCUUGAUGCAGAAAGCUGA